CUUCCGCUUCGCUGCGAAUCUUAUUUUCCACGAUCGAACGACACGAUCGAUCGAUUUACUCGCCACUACGGUUUAGCGACGCGGAGGGGUAUCGAUGAUCGAUGAGCGUGAUCGGUAGCUAGGAAAGGGUUUGGGAGUCGAGGGGAACGAAGAUCUCUAAGUGGAAACGCGUGUUUUCGCCGCUGCCCUUUUCGCCCCUAAUCCCUGUAGACCAGGUUUCCACCGACACCGACACCAAGGCAAGGGUCGAGUCGGUAAAUCAGCCGGAGGUUGAUUCCCUCCUCCUUCCAUUCGCCUCCCAUCCGCGCGUCCAGUCCAUCCUCGCGAUCGCGGGAUUAAGUUGAACGCGCACGGAUUAAAACCUUCACCCGUAAGGAUUAAACUUUUCCUCUUUUGUACCGCGUCGCGAAUCGGGGACUAGCUGUUAAGCGUGACUAGCUUCGGUCGUUGACUCGAUCUCCGAUCCCAUCCUCUUUUAAUCCCCCCUUGUCUUCGCUUCUUUUCCGAUCCUCGAAACCGGGCAGCCACCGUUGCAAUCGACAAUUAUAUAUAUAUAUAUAUAUUCCAAUUAUUCUCGCUAGAAUCUAUUAAAAUCUUACUGCUGGAAGAAAUGUAAGGUUGGAUAGGCGCGACCUCCUCGUUGUCGAAAAUAUUUAACCGACCGUGUCGAAUGUCGACCCUGAUCGCGACCGAACCGGAUCGGAUCCGCCGCCAAUUUGCGGCCCGUGCUCGGUUGCCCAUGCGAGAAUUGUGACUGUGUCGUGGAGGAGAAAGAAGGCGGCUCGAGAUGGAUCGUGAUAUUUGGAGGGGCGAUAGCGGUUGCGCGAAGAGGUUGUCGACGAUCGCGGAAUACUCGGAGCCCGGGAUCGACGAUAACGAUCAUCGUCCACCGUGCGACGAGGAGGAGGAGGAGGAGGAGGGGACAUCGAUUCCCAGAGGCGAUCCCGAGCGAACGCUCGAGGACCAGGCGGCGGCCGUCGAGUACUUCCUCGUGGACGACUCGCCGAUGGCUAAGUUCAGUCGGAGCGUCAAGUGGAUCUACAAGAAAUUACCAGUGGGCGGGGGUGGUGCUGUGCUGGUGCUCAGCGAGCUUGAAAGCAUGGCAGCCAGGCAACAGCGGGAAAUUGCCCAGCAAAGGCGCCUCCUGGAGCAGAGAGAGGCCCGUCUAGCCGUGCUUCGAGGCGCACAGGAGCCAGCACAGCAGGACAAACUCGCCAGAUUGAGGCACAGGUUGGACCAACAACAAAGCAAACUGAAUCGGUUGCGAUUACUCAGGUCGCAAACCGACCAGUCACGUGCCAACAACGCCACGCUGACCUCGGACCUGGACUGCAUAAGGGCGCUGUUCAACGAGAAGGAGAAGGAGCUCUCAUUGGCGGUGGCGAAGGUGGAGGAGUUGACGCGACAACUGGAGGAGCUGCGGGGCAGGCAGAACGCGGCCGGGACCGGAAGCGGAGGUGGAGGCGCCGGAGGCAAACUCAGGAGGGAGCUUAUUUAUCGUAAUAAGAUGAACGAGCAGCAGAACCAAAUGGUGUCUCAGCAACGGUUGGCCCUAGCGCAACGACAAGCAGAGAUGGCGUCGAUAGACGCGAGGAUAGCUCAGCUGCAGGGUCGUCUUCAACGCAAAAGAGCGUUGAAUCAACGAUUGAGCCAGCAGCUAGGCUCUGGGAAUCGCACGAGCGCGAACACUGGGUUCACAGAGUCGAAGCUGGACUUCAAUGCCGGAGGGAAGUCCAGGCCUGCUGGAAAUAUAGCCGCUAUUGAACCGUAUUCCCAUAUACCGAACGACAACGAUUUCAAUUUGAACAAAAACGACCCGAAAUAUCAGACACUGCCUUACAACACCAAAUUCACGGUGAAUUUUAAGGCUGCCGAAGAUGACGUUAAUAAGAAUAAGAUACAACACUCGGCCAGUGCCUCUCAAUUAGGUCAGAGGGCAGCUUUUCAACAAUUUGGUCAUCAAAUCGCCCAUAGCCAAUCCCAAUCUCAUAUUCAAGGUCAAUCGCAAUUACUGGGCACGAAUCAACACAACCAGAACCUGCCUAAUCAAUCCGUGAACAUGCAACAGACUUGCAACAACAACAAUAAUAACAACAACAACAACAAUAACAACAGUAAUAAUAACAACAACAACGCCAAUAGUACGAACAACAACCUGAUUAGCACAUCCCACAACUUCAGCCCCGAGGGUUUGUCGCAAAAUCUUCGGAUCCAUCAUCAACAGCAGUCGCAGACGCAACAGCAACAGCAGCAACAGCAACAACAGCAGCAGCAGCAACAGCAGCAGCAACAACAACAACAACACGGAAACAUUCAACAGAAGCAACACAACGUUGGUUCAUCGACAUCGAAUCUUGGCACCACCGUAUCCAUUACUCAAACUCAAAAUCACAGAAACCUUCAAACGCAUCAGAAACCAAUAUCCAGCGUGGCGCCAAGUUUCUCCGUCAAGUCUCAAAUCUAUCAGACUUCCUCCACGAAAAUUCAUCCCGUGAUGCCCCAAACUUUGAGCCUGAUAGGCCGUGGACACAAUAACGCGCAAAAUUUCGUCGGGCUGAGCACUCAGGGUGGCAAUCAGCAGCAAUCGAACCAAUCCUCCUCUAACAAUCAAACGUCCACUCAGGACCAGACUUACUCGUCGAGGCACAACUAUCCCGGAAUUCAACACUCCGCUCAAGCAAAUACUCACCCUGUGUCUUCGUCCUCGGUGUAUCAGACGCAGAAUUCUCCUAAUCCUUCGUCGACCAUUCACACGUCAUCGAGCGGGACCAGUUUUGGAAAUUCGGUUCAAAGAUACAACCAGGCUCAACCGUUGACCGGCCCCACGCCCAACAACGAACAAUCCGAUAAGAUAAAGUUUGAACAAGGAAAGGUUCAAGAAAAAUUUGAACACGCCCUUCCGGCUAAACACGAACAGCAGAGGUACGAGCCCAAUCAGGUGUUCAAGUACGAUUCUCAUCAGAUAAAAUAUGACCAGCAUUCCAAGUACGAUCAACACGGGAAAUACGAUCAGGCCAAUCAACAAACGAAAUUGUACGAACAAUCGAGCAAGCACGAACAAAUUGGAAAUCAGACGAGUCGAUACGACAACGUCGUAUCGUCGAAGAUCGAUCAAGGGAAGUACGAAACCGGCCAGAAUAAACACGAACAAAUUCAUGGAACCAAGUACGAUCCUAAUCAGAAUACUCAACAAUACGGUAAACACGAUCAACACGAGGUUAGGCCAUCGAUCAAGUACGAGCACAAUGCGGGAUUUAAGCACGAAACAACCUCGAACAAAUACGGGGAGAGCGGGGGGCAGCAAUUCAAGCAAGAAUCUGUCAAAUUCGAGAGCAACAAAUUCGAGCAAAGUUCCGCGACGAAGCACGAGCACAAUGGGAAAUUUGAGAUCCCGGCGAAAACUGUGGAGAAAACGUUCGAAUUCGAUAGAUUGAAAAACGAGAACGAAAGGAAAAAUAUGAUAGAGGACAAGACGAAACCGGCUCUACCUCCGAAACCGAGCAAACCGAAUCCCCCCCCACGGCUGACCCAUCACGAAAAGAUGGACAAUCCGAGCGGCGAUGGGAUCGGCGAUUGCAAAAACAAUUUAGGGAUCAAUACGAGAACAGAGAAAGAAGAAGACGUUCCACCGAUCCCUACGUCCGAACCACCGGAAUCUCCGACAGAAACCCAAUUCGGCAAUCAUCAAAUCAUCAAAGCCAGGCCUUUAACAUUGAAGAAGGCACCGAUCUCCGAGCAACCGAAGCUCCGUUACGCCAAGUCGAAUGUCCACGUGUCGAUAAAUCGACGGAUUGAGAUGCCACCGGCGUUUCUGUUUCCGGAAACCGAGAUUCCAGCGGACCUGAUGCAAACGGAACAGCAGCAACAACAGCAGCAGCAGCAGCAGCAGCAGCAACAGCAGCAGCAACAACAACAACCGCAACAACCUCAGCAACAAUCGCAAAUCAUCGAUACGACGGACAACUGCAAGAAGAGCGUUCCGAUCAUCAACGAAGAUGUGAUUAGUAAUGAGAAAUUGGAGGAAGCGGAUAUCAUCGAUGCGUUGAACGUUAUUAAUAUCGAGGAUAAAGUGAAGGGGAAGGAUUCCGAGAGAAGAACGGAAUUGGAAGUCGAUGGGAAGAACAACGAGGUGAUGAGAAGAAAGAAAGGGAACUUGAAGUCCAGCACGGGGAAAGCGAAUCUCUCGAGAAGGGUCUCCUUUGAUCCUUUAGCUCUACUGUUGGACGCCAGUCUCGAAGGUGAAUUGGAAUUGGUGAAGAAGACUGCUAAAGAAGUGGCGAAUCCUAGUUCAGCUAACGAUGAAGGCAUUACUGCGCUUCAUAAUGCCAUUUGUGCCGGUCAUCUGGAGAUAGUCAAGUUUCUAGUGGAAUUUGGCUGCGACGUGAACGCUCAGGACAGCGAUGGAUGGACUCCCUUACACUGUGCCGCAAGCUGCAAUAAUUUAUCCAUGGUAAGAUUUCUAGUGGAGCACGGAGCUUGUAUAUUCGCCACUACUCUCUCCGACCAUGAAACUGCAGCAGAAAAAUGCGAAGAAGACGAGGAGGGUUUCGAUGGUUGCUCAGAAUAUUUAUACAGCGUCCAAGAGAAGCUUGGAAUAAUGAACAAUGGUCAAGUAUACGCAGUGUUCGAUUACGAGGCACAACACAGCGAUGAACUCACUCUGAAGAAUGGUGAUUCCUUAGUUGUCCUUCGGAAGGGCGAUGACAACGAGAGAGAAUGGUGGUGGAGCAAACUGGGACACAAAGAAGGCUACGUACCUAGAAACUUACUUGGCUUAUAUCCAAGGGUGCAACCGGCAAAGGUCGACUGAAGCGAGUUUCAGUCAGCGAACUCAUAAUAUCCGAUGAUUCAUUACCACAGUAUUCGAUUCGCAGCUUUAUCUUGUUAAGUAUCAUAGUUGCAUCGUCGCAUUACGGAUCGUUAUAUUAAUUUAAUCGCGUCCCAUUGUCAUCCGAACAAAGCGAACAGAAUGUUCUAUAUAGUUUUUUAUAUCUUCUUUUCUUUUUUUGUAAAACGAAAUGAAUAUUGCUAGUAAGUCCGGAUCAUGGGUGAAUCACGUAACAUAAACAAAUAAUUAAAAUAUAAUUAAGUAAAAAAAGCGAAAAAAUGAUAAACUACACAUCCUACAUGCGUAAAGUUUAAUUGUUCUUAUUUUUUUUUUCACUCUUAUCUAUUUCUUUUCUUUCUCUUUUAAAUUAAAAUAUAACUCAAAGAAUGAUAUAAUUUUGAUUAUAAUGAUUUUUAACUAAUUCUUUCAAUUGAAAAACAAUUCAAUACAAAAAUAAAAUUUCAAUGCUUUUACCCGUGAUUCCACUUUUAGCUCGACGGUCGCGUAGUCAAUAAUUGGAAUAUUUACGUUUUAAUAUCCAACGCCUAAGUAUUGCGCCGUGAUGAAGAUCAUUUAAAAAGUUUUUUCUUAGGUUCAUCCUAAUCAAGUCUCGAUUAAGAAUGUCCGAUUGAGAAUAUUUACAAUUUUAUUUAUUUUCAAUAAACGCAAACUUUUUUUUAUUGUUU